AUGGAUCCUCGGAGGAGGAAGCGACGCCGGUCAGACGAUGAAAGCAGACCGGAGAUUGCAGUUCUUGAGACACGGUCAUUCCAUUCUAUUCAACAAAACUCAAUUGCGCUCACUGGGGGCUCGGCAGUGCCCCGAAGGUUCUCGCCGUGGAUCGAGCUUUCGUCAACGGAGAUGUCAUCACCAGUCGUCACGGAUCCCCAAUACUGGGUCGAGGCCGACUUGUCCUUAGUUACCCCGAUGGAAACCUCGCAUGCUCGACAUAGUGCAGUUCUGAUCGACCCUACAACUCUACAAACUUCAUCUUCGGGUGCUCCAACAAGCAUAAGCGAGAGCACGAACCUAUUUCGACAACAGAACGAGUUUAUUUUACGAGAGACUACUUCUCAAUACACUCCGACGAUGAUGGAUUGGCAACAAACCAGGCGGCAAGCUUUCGGGACAAUCGAAGGCGUCUCCAGUGAGAGUUACUAUGUGGGAGGAUCCCUCAUCAAGUCCACUGCCGAGAUUGACAAUACACAGAGGUCGACAGGAUCCUCUUCGGUAAGUCAGGUCGAGGUCGGGGCUGAAGGGGAUCUCGUGUGCUAUGGCAUGGUGGUCGGGUUCCAUGGAAAUUAUACCAAGCCUAGUUGGCAGCAUGACCGGGGUGAAUUUCCUGUGACCAUCGAGUCUAGUCACAGAUUCGCCGCUGUUUCAAACACCGAGCUUCAUGGCACAUUCGCUUCAGAAUUCGUUGACAUCAUUCAAGCACUGCUGGACGUACCUAGCCUGCAAUUCCAGGUCACCUGCACCGUUGACGAUAUUCCUUCUCAGCCUGCCAUGAUAACGUCCAGACUUGGGCCGGUGUCGGUGCCAUGCGCACUUUCAGUCAUUGUUUAUGGGCCUAAGGACAUGUGCGAGAAUGUAGGGGACUUCUUUCAGGAUAUCGACAUGUACUUGCAAGACCCCAAACGCUGUAACUUGGACGUCAAGUACUGCAAUCCUCAUCGUCUCUCAUCGCUCAAAGUCGAUGAGUGCCCGAUGACGUCUGCCCUGGAUGCAAGUGUUAUGCACCUUGAUACGGCUCUCUUUGAGAACGUAUCUCGUGAGACUGGCCUUUUGGACAUCUUCGACUACAGGCAAAACUUGCCUGAAACCCCUCAACCAGAAGCAAUUCUCACUUGCCUUAAGAAGCAUCAAAAACAGGCAUUGACCUUUCUGCUGCAACGAGAAGCUGGCUGGAACUUGGACCCUCGCUCAGCCGACUUCUGGGACCUAAGACAAACGAGUCAAGCAAUAUGCUUCAUCAACAGGGUUUCUAAAUCAUGUCAUCCUAAUGAACCUCCCGAGUUUCGCGGCGGCAUCGUUGCUGAUCCCAUGGGUCUGGGCAAAACUUUGACCAUGAUUUCCCUGAUAGCAACAGACAAAGGCCAGGUUGUCCGCAACCAAAUCUCACCUAUGUCCACUUUGAGAUCCAUGCCUUCACUGAUCCUUGUCCCGCCACCUCUUCUCGACACUUGGGAGGAGCAGUUAUCCCAGCACGUUAGACGAGGUGAAUUAACCUGGCGACGGCACUACGGAAAGGAGAGGCUCACCGAAACGGACAACUUGACCCAGUGGGAUAUUAUCUUAUCAACGUAUCAUACUGUAACUGCAGACUGGGUUGGCGGACAAAGAGCCGGGAGCAACACUAUCUUCUCCACUAUGUGGAAGCGGAUUAUCCUGGAUGAAGCCCAUGUGAUCCGGAACACACAAUCCCAAAUGUCCAAGGCUGUAUGCACCCUCGAUGCUGCGGCGAGGUGGGCGGUCACCGGCACGCCAAUCCAGAAUCGCAUCGGGGACCUUGCAGCUCUCCUAAAGUUUAUCCGAGCACAUCCCUACGACGAAGCCAAGCGCUUUGAGUUGGAUAUUGGACAGAUGUGGAAGACCGGAGAUAUCAAGGAGGCGGCCAGAAGACUCAAGGAUCUUUCAAGCGGCUUGAUUCUCCGGCGGCAAAAGACAGUCAUCGACCUUCCCCCAAGGAAAGAUCUGAAAUGUCGAGUGGAUUUCAGUCCUGCUGAAAGGAAGUUCUACGACAAGUUGAGGCAUCAAGCCAUUACCAGAAUGGAGGAAGCCUUCAGCGACGGGGACGGUGGAUCAGCAUCAGAUUCAUACAUUACAGUCAUCCAGAAGAUCAAUGCCCUGCGGAUGGUAUGCAACUUGGGUCUACACUAUGACUCUAGACACGACCUGGCAGCCAAGGAAGAGUCCACCGACGACUCCAAGGAUUGGUCUACUAACGCACAACAGGCUUUUGACUUUCAGCGAGAGAUCGUGGUCUUCACAAGCUGGAGAAUGACUCUAGAUCUUGUCGCCAUUGGAUUAGAUCAAGCGCACAUACGCUACGUGCGGUUUGACGGGAACGUUCCUCAGAAGCAGAGGUCCUCUGUGAUCGAAAAGUUCAAGAAAGACCCACUGACACUCACCGAAGCAUCUCGAGCCUUUCUCAUCGAGCCACACUGGAACCCAACUCUUGAGGAACAGGCGCUAGCCAGAGUUCACAGACUGGGCCAACAAAGGGAAGUUACCACGGUUCGAUUUUUCGUGAAGGACACAUUUGAAGAGCGAGUCUUGGAUGUUCAAAAGUCAAAGAAAAAGUUGGAGGAGGUUUUGUUGGUUCCGAAAGGCGAACGGGGACCAAAUGACAGCCUUAGUUGCCUCGAGGGCCUUCGGUCUCUUGUCUAG